GGGGCGGGCGGCGCGCGGGGCGGCGCGGCGCCGGUGGCGGGCCGCGAGCUGCCGCUCAUCUUCAUCGGUGGCGUGCCGCGCUCGGGCACCACGCUGAUGCGCGCCAUGCUGGACGCGCACCCCGACGUGCGCUGCGGCCAGGAGACGCGCGUGGUGCCGCGCAUCCUGCAGAUGCGCCAGCACUGGGCGCGCUCGCAGAAGGAGAGCGUGCGCCUGGAGCAGGCGGGCGUGUCCAAGGCCGUGCUGGACAACGCCAUCGCCGCCUUCUGCCUCGAGGUGAUCGUGCGCCACGGCGACCCGGCGCCGCGCCUGUGCAACAAGGACCCGCUGGUGCUCAAGAUGGGCACGUACGUGCUGGAGCUGUUCCCGAACGCCAAGUUCCUGUUCAUGGUGCGGGACGGCCGCGCGACCGUCCACUCCAUCAUCACGCGCAAGGUGACGAUAACCGGGUUCGAUCUUUCGUCGUACCGUCAGUGCCUGACGAAGUGGAACCACGCCGUGGAACUGAUGUACCAGCAGUGUAAAGCUCUCGGCUCGGACAAGUGUCUGCUGGUUCGCUACGAGGCACUGGUGCUGCGGCCCGAGGAGACGCUGCGGCGCGUGCUGGGCUUCCUGGGGCUGCCGUGGGACGACGCCGUGCUGCACCACGAGCGCUACAUCAACCAGCCCGGGGGCGUCGCGCUCUCCAACGUGGAGCGGUCGUCGGACCAGGUGGUGCGGCCCGUGAACCGCGACGCGCUGGACAAGUGGGUGGGCCAGCUGCCGGCCGACGUGCGCGCCGACAUGGCCGAGCUGGCGCCCAUGCUGUCGGUGCUGGGCUACGACCCCUGGGCCAACCCGCCGCGCUACGACGCGCUGCCCGCGCACCGCCGCGCGCCCGCGCCCGCGCCCGCCUCGCCGCCGCCGCCGCCCUAGUCCGCCAAUACACGCCUGCAGCCGCCGCCCGCCUUUCAUUUCACCUCCCUCGCUCCGGCAGGACUCGCGGCCCGCCAGGCGACGGCGCCGGAUGGUUGCGCGGCCCGCGAGGCCCGAGACCGACUCCGACCUGAAUAACUUGUAACGUAGUCGGCCACCCACCACUCGAUACUAAUAGAAUCUCAUAAUGAUCGCACGAAACUGUACAGUUUUUUGUAACCUUGCAUUUGACAGUUUUGACGCAUUUACCGCUGUGAAUGCAUUGACCGAUAAAGUUUGAAGAGUGUGUUCUUAAAUAUUGACGCAUGUAGGUAUAAAUCUCUUGUGCCAAGGCAGAUAAUACUAUUAUUUUUAAAUGAAGGCUUCUAAAAUCCCGACAAAUUUCGAUUAAAGUGUGCGCAAAGCAAUUGCAAUAUUUGCAAUGGUCCUGACGACAGAUUGUCGCGAAGUUGUUUCGCUGAUUCGUUUCGGUACGUAAAUGAAUAAUUGUUUUGAAUCCGGCCGAGGCUAGGAACAAUAAACACUCGUUAUCGUAAUUGCAGUUCUACCGGUUAACGGUUAAUUGUUAUUAAAUUUAAAAAAUACAUACUAUUAUUGUAGAUAGCCAAAUGUACAUACAUUUAUUUACUUUAUUUAAUUUAAUGAUAAUGAUUGUGCAAUGUAACAUUAUGAAAUGUAAAUAAAAUUUUAAAUAUUUGACAUU